CCAUGGAGUUACAUGUGGUCCAUCUGGAGAGAAAGAUCCGAGAUCUCCUGGAAAAUCUGGGUUUUGAGAUUUAUCCGUUUAAGGUAGGAUGGUACAAUGAGGUUCUUCCUCCAACUUUGCGACUGCGGUACUCUGAUGAUACUCUGGCAUUUGUAGUACUUAGCAUUCCUGCUAUGUUUGACAAGGCAUUCAAACCCUUCCUGAAGAAACAACUGCUGAAGAAGAUUCACGAUCCAGUGGAUCAAUGCAUUUCUUAUUAUCUCUCGCUGGUUAGGGAGAGUCUUGCUGAUCAGAACAUGGAUAUCAUGUAUGAUUAUGAGAUCCUGCCCAACCGGAAGCCCAAAUUCCUGGCCCAAACAGCAGCACAUGUGGCUGGGGCUGCAUACCUCUAUCAGAGAAAAGAUGUACAUCAAGAUUCCUGGGGAGAAAAAAAGAUCUAUGGUGUUUGUAUUCACCCCUCUUAUGGAGGUUGGUUUGCAAUCCGGGCUCUUCUGCUUUUCCCAGAUAUCAAGGUACCCUUCUUGCUGCAGAAAAGCCCUAUUGAUUGUGUACCAACAGAAGAAAAAAGAAUAGAACUACUAGAGAAAUUCAAUUUCCACUGGCGGGACUGGAACUAUCGGGAUAUUAUUGAAGUAAAAGAUAAAUACUCAGAAGAACAGAAAACCUACUUUGCAACUCCCCCAGCUGAACGGUUAAAAUUGCUGAAACUGGAGGAAGAAUUGCAGAGAAGGAUAAUUGUCUAAGUAGCUAUUUUCACUGUGCAAAAAUAUACAAAACACAUUCUGCUGUGCCCACUGCUAUAUAGGGACAGAAUCGAUGGAUGAGUUGGUAAAUCCAAGAUGGAACGCAAAUGCACUUUGCAUAGAGUUAGCGAGCACAGGAGGAUUUGCUUUCAAAUCAACACAGAAUUGAAUUACAAUAUUAGUAAUGCCUGUAUAUUCAGGCAUAGAAAUGUGUAAGUUAUAUUUUAUUUUAUUAGUAAUCGGGGGAAGGGGUCAGAAUCAUUCUUUGGUAGAAGGGGUGAAAUUGUAUGCUAAGGAGAGACAUAUUUAUAAAUUGCACUUUUUGCUAUCCUGUGGGAGAAAUUCUCCAGACAGCAAAUGUUCUGAAACAUAUUGUCUAAUAUUUCACAGUAUAAAGUUAUUUCUGGUACGAUACCAUUUUAGUAAUUCCCAGCACAUACGCUGAAGCUUUGAAAUCAUUUUCAUUUUGCUUGCUUGCUUGGUUGAUUUCCAGGCUUUCCAGUGCUUCUAAUGAAGCAUUUGGGAGGCUUGUCUAACCCAUGUAAUGAAAGAGAACUUAAGCAGUUUUAAAGAAAGCACAAUUAAAAGACACCAAAUAAUCUGACUCUCUACUAUAUGUUAAUUAUGUAAAAAUUGUGUGGCAAUUAUGCAUCUUAGUGAGAAGACAUAUUACUGAAUGACAUUGAACAGCAAUUUAGAUUCAUAUUUUUGAGAAAAGCAAUCCUGCACAAUUAUGCUGCUGAAAAGGAUCGUUGGUCCUACCUGAGAUGCACCUUCUCGUUGGGUGGAGACAGCAGCUAGGCCUGGGUUCUACUCGUCUGUUCAGACUGAUGGACAGAGUCUGUCAUUUAAGCUAAAUCCCACCCCUGUUGCUAGGGGCUUCCAGCUUUUGGCGGAGGAGGAAAAAUAGACUCGGUGUGUGGAUAAAAAGAAAAAUAGUAUUAGGGACCAGACUGGCGAAGUGUGGGGCUGGCUGCUGUCUCCACCCAAUGCGUCUCAGGUAGGACCAAUGCCCCUUCUCCAUUGUGGGUGGAGACAGCAGCCAGGCCUGGGACAUACCAAAGUUCAAUGUCCUGAAACCCGGGUGGGAGCAGUCUGGUCAGAGGACCCCCCUUCCACAUGUACUCUCUGUAACACUCUCCUCCCAAAGGCAGCCUCCGCAGAGGCAUAUUUAUCUAACUUAUAGUGAUGAAUAAAGGGAGAAGGGGAAGUCCAGGUAGCUGCCCUGCAUGUUUCCAGUAACGAAGCCUGCGUGGCCCAAGCUGUUGACAUCGCCGCGCUGCAUGUAGAAUGUGCAAUCAAGUUAGAUGGCCUAGGCAAAGAGCGCAGUUCGUAAACCGUGGAGAUUGUUUGUCGGAGCCAAUGACCAAUCGUAAAGGAAGUUACCUUGCUCCCUUGAAACAGGGAGAAAGGAGACAAACAAGGAUUCUGUCCCCCGGAUAUCCGCCGGACGGAUAUCCGUUGUCUUGAGGUAUAUCCGAAGGGCUCUCCGGACAUCCAGUGUCAGGUUUCAAUGUCGUCUCAAACAAAUUGCAUUUCAAACAAAUAGCCUUUGAUAAAAAUCUUUCAUUUAUUAAACACAACAAUCGAUCUCCGACUCCGUUGCAGCCAACACUAACUUCCUGGCCGAAACCCUCCCUUUCCUUUCCCCACUCCUCUGCGUCUCAUUGGCCAUCUUCCAAGUCACUCUGCCCGUAAUCUACUGCUUCAGCUCAAAGGAAUUUCCCCCCUCCCAUCCCAUCUCCUAGGGGAUAGCAUCUCCAGGGAAAAUAAGUAGGUGAAAAGUCAAACGUCCUCUUGCCAGAUGCCUCAUCUUCUCCUCCUUAUGUCAGCACUGGAGUGAAUGCAGCUUAAAGUGCUGACAUCCAGCUUGUGCCACCGCCAUUCCCGUGGAUGAUAUGGUCGAGGACAGAAAUCCAGGAGAAUAAGCUUCUGCAAACGGUGAAACGGAGUGUUAAUUUUAGAUACAAAAGUAGGGUCUAGUCUUAGGACCACUCAGUCCGCAUGAAAAACACACAAGUCGCUCCUCAUCGACAGUGCCGCAAUUUCCGAAAGAUGUUAUCGCCACUAGAAACGCCACUUUACAGGAAAGCAGCCGUAGGCUGGUAGACCGCAAAGAUUUGUACCGGGCACCUGUAAGGGAGGUCAGAACUAGAGAGAGGUCCCACGUGGACCUCUCUGAGAGGUCCCACGUGGACCUCUGUGCAGCACCAGAGGACACAAGUUAGUUGCCCCCCAGAGGAACCAACGUAUCAGAGGCUCGUGAGAUAAAGAAAGGAGAGACUCUUAAGUCAGGACUGACGAAAUAGCCACCACCUGCCUCCGAAGAGUAUUGGGUGAGAGCCCUCUGUCCAGACCGUCCUGUAAAAACAUCAGAACCUGUACAACUGAAGCCUGAAGGGCAGAGAACCCUUUGAGAUCACACCAAGCACAAAGGGGACGCCAAGUGGCCGAAUAAAUGCGGUCCAUGGAAGGCUGCCUAGAGGCCUGGAUCAUUCGUAUCACGGUGGCUGGGAUAUUGACCCGCUGCAGAACGCUCCACUCAACCGCCAGGUGGUCAUUUGCAGUCACUGGGGCUCCGGGUGCAACACCGCCCCCUGACUGAGACAAUCUUGGCUGCAUGGGAUCCUCCAGGGAGGAGAGACCGACAAACUCACGAGGUCUUCAAACCAUGCCCUCCUCGGCCAAUGCGGUGCCGGAAAGAUGACCUCCGCCCGUUCUUGCAAGAGUUUCCAAAUGACCCUCGGAAUGAGGGGAAUUGGGAAUGUGUAAAGCAGGCCCGGAGGCCAUGAGGAGCGCAGGGCAUCCACUGCUUCUGCCUAUUGUGAUGGGAACCACACAUAAAACCGUGGGAGUUGAGUCUUGUGCGCGGUGGCGAAAAGGUCGACUACAGGAGCACCAAAAUAGGUUGCAAGGUCCUGGAAGAUUCGAGGGUGCAGGUGCAACUCCAAGUGGUCAAUCAUUUGGCGACUCAGCCAAUCUGCCUGGACAUUCGAGUCUCCUGAGAUGUGUUCUGCCUUUAAGGAGGAAAGAUGACGUUCUACCCAGAGUCCCAUUCUCUUGGCUUCCAACAUCAGGGACAUGGACCUGGUGCCUCCUUGAUGAUUUAUGUGGGCCUUGGCUGAAACAUUGUCUGUGAGCACCAUGACAUGGGCACCGGACACCAGAUGAUGGAACGCCCAAAGGGCUAGAAAUAUCGCUCGUAAUUCCAGCCAGUUGAUGCUGCGAGAUGCUUCGUUGGCUGACCACUUGCCCUGCGCCACUUGAGACCCGCAGUGGGCUCCCCAGCCGAACUUGCUGGUGUUGGUAGAAACCACUAGCCAUUGGGGUUCGAGGAAUGGACAGCCCCUGGAAAUGGCUGGAGACUGCCACCAUCAAAGGGAUGCAAUCACCUCCCUGGGAACGGGAAUCCUGGCCGACGAUGUGCCGCUGCCCGCCUUCUGCAAUGGCAAAAGAAACCAUUGGCGGUCCCUCAAAUGUAAUCGGGCCCAGGGGACUAUAGAAAUGGCCGAGACCAUCUUGCCCAAUAGUUGGGACAGAAACAAGGGAGAUGCUUUCCUGUCCUUCUCAACCUUAGCCACAAGGGAUUUCAGUACUUAUCCUGGCGUUCCUGGGAUAAAUAAACCCUACCUUCUACAGAGUCGAUAAUUGCCCCCAAGUGAAGAAUACAGGUCGAGGGGAUUAGAUGGCUUUUCUCCGUAUUAAUGGAGAAGCCGUGGGAGGCGAGGGUUUGAACGGUCAACUGGAGGUCCAAAUGUGCCUGUUGAGGAGAACUAGAUAAAAUCAGAAUGUCAUCCACGUAACACUGGAGACAAACUGAACGAACUCUGAGGGAAGCGGCCAAGGCCGCUAAAAUUUUGGUAAAACUACGGGGAGCAGAGGAAAGCCUGAAGGGCAAAGCCCUGUAUUGAUAAUGGGCCCCUGCAUAACAAAAAUGGAUAAAUUUCCUAUGGGCAGGAAGAAUAGGCACAUGAAGAUAAGCUUCAGUGAUAUCUAUAGAACAGAGGAGAUUGCCCCUCCGAACGCCGUCUAAUAUAGUACGCAAGGAUUGCAUUUUGAACCUGCGGUAUACUACGUAGCAGUUCAAAAGCUUAAGGUCCAGAAUAGGUCUCCACCCACCUGAUGACUUGGGGACUAGAAACACACGUUAAUAGAAACCCUGUCCAGCUUCACCAUCAGGCACCCGUUGGAUAGUCCGAAUGUUGAGAAGAUGCUUGAUAGCCGACUCCAUAAGGGAUCGACGUUCAGUGUCAUUAGAAAGUGGACAGCACAAAAAAGACAAUGGGGGGUGGUGGUGGAAAGGAAUUCAAUAGCCAACCCUGAUUUUAUGGUGGCCUGGACCCAACAAUCAGAAGUCAUACGCUCCCAAACAUUGGCAAAGAGGCCUAAUCUGCCGCCAAUGGGAGGAUCUGCAGCAGUACUAACGACGGCGACGGAUUGAAUGACCCCCCUCCCCCUCGAAAGGGCAGUCUAGUCAUGUAAGGUCUGCCCCUUGCUAACCUAUCCUGAAACCCCUUCUGCCUGGGGACAAAACUACCCGUACUACGAAAUGAACCAGAUCUCCUGUCCAAUGCUCGAAUGGGGUUGAGAAGUAUACGGUGAAUAACGGGGCUCUCCCCUACAGAAGACCGUAGGCAAGAUUUUCCAUUUGUCCUUAGUUUCCAUCAGGAAGGAUUCUAACGGGUCCCCAAACAAUUUGUUUCCCAUAAAGGGAACAGAGGCCAGACGGCACUUAUGUCUAGCGUCGGCCUGCCAGUGGUGGAGCCAAACUAGGCGACGGGCCGCUAUAGACGAGGCCAGGGAUUUAGAAGCAAAACGAGCAGCGUUCAAGGUAGCAUCUGCCGAGAAUUGCACCGCUGCUAUGAUUUUAUUUAUGUCCUGCUUCAAUCUUGUGUCCUUGGGGAAGAAUUUGUCCUGGAGUUGUCAUAACCACAGCAGAGUCGAAUGGUUGAAAAUUGAGGUGGUGGUCGCCGAUCUAAUGGCCCAGGCUGCUCCCUGAUGAGCCCUCUGAAGGACCUGCUCCGACCGACGCUCCUCCGGAUGAAGACCCUCCUCCGGAUCUCCAGGAACCGAUGCAUUAGAUAGUAAUGCCACAACAGGAGCAUCGAUAGUGGGCACUUGAAGCAGAGAAGUCAAGUCCUGCGAUAUGGUGAAAUUCUUACAGUCCAUGGCUGAAGGCACUGGAGCAGACCCAGGCGAAGACCACAGUUUUCGUAUGACAUCCAGGAAGAGUGGCGAAGUGGGAAUGGCAGUCACUGGCUUAGGCGGUUCGGCAAAUAAAGGAUUUAGCGAUCCAGGAACAGCUGGAGGAUCGGGCUGCGCACUGGUCCCGAGCUGUGCCGUAUUCACCGCCUUAAACAGAAGAGAUUUAAAGAGGGCCUGAGGAAAGAGGCCUGUGAACGCCGGUUGGUCCGGAGGGAGACCUCAUCCUCAGACAACUCUGGUUCUUGUGGGUCCACAUCCUCAAUGGCCGAAGGCUGGCUGAUAUAGGAAAGGGCCGGGGAAUCAGACCCCGCAAUUGAUAAGGCAACCUCAUUGUCAUCUCUCUCAGGAGACACAGAUGGGUCCAAGUGGACAGCUUGGGCCGAAGCAUUUCUAUUGCUAGGAAAGAGAUGUGCUGACAGGGAUUGUUGUACCGCUGCCGCAAUCGUUUAUGGCCUGGAUAUCCUCAGGCCAUAAACAGGUCUGCACUUGGUCCCGGGCCAGUCCGGCUUCCGCAGAAGCUCGAACCGGAGCAGAAGAUGAAGAGGGAGCUGGCUCCACAGAGUAUGCGGGAGCAAAUGCCUUCGUAGUUCCUGUCGGCCCCGGAAUGGGAGCCGUGCCCCACAAGUCAGCCCCGGAAUGGGAGCCGUACCCCACAAGUCAGCCGUCUGGAUGGUCAACGGGCAAUCUUGCAGCGAAAUCUGAUCCGGAGUUGUUGGAGGACCAAGGUUCCUCCCACCUGGAGGCGUAGAGUCAGCAUUGGGAGGCAGAGGACGAUGGCCACUAGCCUUAUCGCAUAAUUUCUGUAAAACCUUAUCACUGCGCUUCUCAACCCAUGAAGAAGCUGAGGAAUGCUUGAUGCCCUUAUGAUGAGAAUGGGCCUCCUUGUUAUCGGAUCUGUUGGAAGGGUCCGCUGUUUGAGCAUGCUUAGAGAACAACUCUCCUUGGGAGGAUGUUGACUGCUCCUGUACAGAGGCCUUCCAGCCAUGCUUAGUUUUGGCCAGUGCCUUGGGCAUGAUAGGCCUUAGCGUGCGCUAUUGCCAAGGGGAAUAGAGGGUCUGUGAGAUAAGGCCGCCAAAGCAAUUUGCCUUCAGGCUCCACAAAAUGGCCACCAGCAGUGAACAUACCAGCCACACUAGAUUGGUCCAAGGCUCCGCGAGAGAGCAAGGCAGGAAGGGCAAUAAAUAUGCCCCCAGGUCAGGGUGUCAAAGACAAGCCCCAGAAAUCAUGCAAAUUGCCUCCAACCAACGAGGUGAGGCUUGCCAGUCGGCUGAUAGAAAUGCUGAAGUUGUUAGGAAAGCAGCCGAUGAUCCAAUCGUUCGCAAGACAAUCCAAAUCUCAAGGGAGCCAGGGGUAUAAAAGGCGCAGGCUGAAGCUUGGAGGCCUGAAGAAAGGCUCUAACGUGCUGCUCCGAUCAUGAGGGAAUCCAAAAUGGCGGCCGGAGCUAGCCCCAAUGACGGGAGCGCGAAACUACACCAAAACGCCCCAGGCGGUAGAAAUGGGGCCAAGAGCAGGAGAACCAGGUCUCUUAGCCUGCAAUGCAACGUUGGACGCCUCGACCAAAAUCGUUUGAACUGCCGACAAGUGGCAAGUGAAAGGGGAGCGCGAGGCUCCACAAGGUGGCAAGCGAUUCCAAAACGAUAGAAAAUGGCCACCCGACAGUUUCCCCAGGAGCGCGAAGCUCCACAGUUACAAAGCCUUUACAGAAGUGCAAAGCCUCUCCGGCCAAGCCAGCUGCUCAUGCCCCCGCCCCCAUGGGAGCGCAAGGCUCCACCAAGCCUCGUUACUGACCAGUUCACAGGGAAAUCCUCUACAGGGGCAAGGAGGCGAAACUGUCCUCAGCGAUCCCAGCUAGGCAGCUGAUGAGGUCAUGUAUGCCAGCAAUUGUCCAAAUUAGAGUUAGAGUGGUCUAAGGAAGUCCAAAGUCAAACCGAAGAAAUAUCCAAGUAAAAGUACCAAACAGGUGAAAGGCAGCUAGAGACACAGUUCCACACAACUGUCCAGUCUGAUGGACUGAGUCAAAAGCUGGAAGCCCCUAGCAACAGGGGCGGGAUUUAGCUUAAAUGACAGACUCAAUCCAUCUGAACAGAUGAGUAGAACCCAGGCCUGGCUGCUGUCUCCACCCACAAUGGAGAAUGGAUAAUUUUGCUGCCAAAUUUUGUCUUAGAUCCCUGUGUUGCCCUUAGAGCACAUCUUGUCCUCUCCUGACAUAGUGGGUAUAUGGAAACCCACGCAUGCAGCAGGAAUUCUUACCAGUACUAUAAUAUAAAAAUGCUUCAUGAUCACUAAUAGAGACUUCUUCUGGUUGAAGAAGAGCCAAAGGACAAUUGACUCUACAGCGCAAGUGUACAGAGUGGACCUUCCUGUCUCGCCUCACUGCUAUUAUUACUUUAUUCCCAUGGUUAUAAUGUGAUUUUCAAACAGCUUUAAUUUCUUUUCUUCCAUUGCUUCCUUACCAACAUUCUUUUCCUCUCUCAUUCUUUCAGUAAAACAUACAUUUUAUAAUAGUUUACUAUGUGACAAUGAUUGGAUUCAUUCCUGUAAGAUUUUAAUAUAUUUUUUCAGUCUUCUUGUAUGAUUUGCAUGAAAUGCAAUCCUUAAAGUCAAUUAAAACAGUUAAUACAGAAACAUCUCCCAUCUAAACCAGGAAAAGGGUGCCCUCAUUGCUGGCCUCACUACACGUGCAAAAGAGCCCUGGUCACCUUUUGUAGCCCCUCAUACACAGUCUGCCUUCACCUAAAACAAAUGUGUGGUCAUCCAAAGGUUGUCAAUUGCCUCUCUGCUAAAUUAGAAAAAAAAUAGUUGUAUAUUUUUUGUCAAAACUGAAUACUCCUGAUGGGUGAGGAAAAUGGAAGGAUACCUUUCAGCAUAAGGAAAUGAUCCAUAACAUGCACUUCAAGGAUGUCAAAAUGAUGGCAUGUGUGUCAAUGUCUUUCCCCAUUGGGCAAAGGAUGAGAAUAUUGGGUUUGUGUUAAUUUGUAUUAGAUUGCAUUGUGACACAAUUAUAUCAUUGUGUCAUUUGUGUUAAGAUAUAUACAUAUGGCAUCUUUUCCCUGGCAAUACAGAUGCAGUAUGUAGUAGCAUGUAGGCUAAUCUAACAAUCUGGUUUGUUUAGUUUUGUCUUAGCUUUUGAAAAGCUGAAAUAACUUUUCUGACAGAUCUUUUAGAAACUAAGAAACUUUUCUUCUUCGGUGAUCAGCAUGCUGUUUUUUUUUUCCAAUUUCAGAUUGUUUUUAUUUGUAUGAUUUAACUUGUAAAAUACCUAAAGAUGGAUAAUCUAUUCUUAAUGGUACUAAAACACUGGAAAUAAUAUAAAUAUAUAGCUGUAAGAUGUUAUUUGGUAUUUAUUUUGAAAAGAGAAUAAAGCUGCAAAGCAGACAGAAUUUA